AUGACUAGUGUUCGGACGUGCUCAAUCCUCCUUCUGUGCCACGGUGACGGCACUGCCGACAAAGUCCUCGUGGUAUGCCUCAUACACAAAGAGGGCCAGAAUGACGUGAACACACAGCACGCUGAUGAUGGUUGCUCCAAUGGAACUGCCCGUGACAGACAUGUCGAACCAAUGGCCCAUUGUCCACUGGGCCACAAAGAAGGCCGAGAUGGGCACAGUCACCAUCAGCACCGUGUAGAAGAGAAGAGUCUUCAGGGGACUGCCCCUAGACAAGCGGUUAAGCAUGGCGGCCCUCAGACCAUGGCCCCACAACGUUCUUCCAGGAAAAUCACGUGCACUAAUAGCAAUGGCAUAGCCAUCCACGGGCGUUUGCACGAGUCCAGACAGCAAGGAAAGGAAACGCUUGCCCAACAGUAUCGGCGAGCGCAGUGGUGACGCCGAGGUAACCAUGACAU